AUGGCGCACGUCGGAGGCCUGCGGCUACCUGGCUACCUGGCCCUGGCUGCCCUGUUUACCCUUGCACACAGCCAGCAUGUGUUCCUGGCCCCUCAGCAAGCACUAGCGUUGCUCCAGCGGGUCCGCAGAGCCAACACCGGCUUCCUGGAGGAGAUGCGCAAGGGCAACCUGGAGCGGGAGUGCGUGGAGGAGCAGUGCAGCUACGAAGAGGCCUUUGAGGCGCUGGAGUCCACCAGUGCCACAGAUAUCUUUUGGGCCAAGUACACAGCUUGUGAUUCAGUGAGGAAAACUCGAAGAAUUUUCACGGAAUGUAUGGAAGGUCACUGUGCCAAGGAUCUGGGAAUGAACUAUCGAGGGACUGUGAAUGUCACUCGGUCGGGCAUCGAGUGCCAACUCUGGAAUAGUCGCUACCCACACAAGCCUGACAUCAACUCCACCACCCACCCUGGGGCUGAGCUGCAGGAGAAUUUCUGCCGUAACCCAGAUGGCAGCACCACGGGUCCCUGGUGCUACACCACAGACCCCACUGUGCGCAGGGAGGAAUGCAGCAUCCCCGUCUGUGGCCAGAAAGGACACGUCACUGCGAAGGUGAUUCCCCGGGCUGGAGGCUCCAAGGUGACUCCGGACACUGCACUGGAACAGUGUGUCCCUGAACGUGGCCUGGAGUACCAGGGGCAGCUGGCAGUGACCGCGCUGGGGACCCCCUGCCUGCCUUGGGCCAGUACAGAGGCCAAGGCCCUGAGCAAGGACCAGGACUUCAAACCGGAGGUGCAGCUGGUGGAAAACUUCUGCCGAAACCCAGAUGGAGACCAGGAGGGUGCCUGGUGCUAUGUGGCAAACCAGCCUGGUGACUUUGAGUACUGUGACCUCCACUACUGUGAGGAGGCAGUGGAAGAGGAGGCCAGCGAGGAUGGAGACGUGGCCAUCUCAGGGCGCACUACGGUGGAGGAAUUCCAGACCUUCUUUGAUGAGAGCACAUUCGGAGCAGGAGAGGCAGACUGUGGCCUGCGGCCUCUGUUUGAGAAGAAGUCGCUGCAAGACCAAACGGAGUCAGAGCUUCUGGAUUCUUACAUCGAGGGGCGCAUCGUGGGCGGCUCAGAAGCUGAGAUUGGCAUCGCUCCCUGGCAGGUGAUGCUUUUCCGAAAGAGUCCCCAGGAGCUGCUGUGUGGGGCCAGCCUCAUCAGUGACCGCUGGAUCCUCACAGCUGCCCACUGCCUCCUGUACCCACCCUGGGACAAGAACUUCACCGAGAAUGAUGUUCUGGUGCGCAUUGGCAAGCAUUCCCGUACCAGGUAUGAGCGGAACAUAGAAAAGAUCUCCAUGUUGGAGAAGAUCCACAUCCACCCCAGGUACAACUGGAGGGAGAACCUGGACCGAGACAUUGCCCUGCUGAAGCUCAAGAAGCCCAUCACGUUCACUGACCACAUUCACCCUGUGUGCCUGCCGGACAAAGAAACAGUGACCAGGCUGUUCCAGGCUGGACACAAAGGGCGGGUAACAGGCUGGGGCAACCUGAGGGAGACCUGGACAACCAGCGUCAAUGAGGUGCAACCCAGUGUCCUGCAGGUGGUAAACUUGCCCAUUGUGGAGCGGCCAGUGUGCAAGGCCUCCACCCGGAUCCGCAUCACCGACAACAUGUUCUGUGCUGGUUACAAGCCUGAUGAAGGGAAGCGAGGGGAUGCAUGCGAAGGUGACAGUGGAGGCCCCUUCAUCAUGAAGAACCCCUAUAACCAACGCUGGUAUCAAAUAGGCAUUGUGUCAUGGGGAGAAGGCUGCGACCGGGAUGGGAAAUACGGCUUCUACACACACGUGUUCCGCUUGAAGAGAUGGAUACAGAAGGUCACUGAGCGGUUUGGAUAGAGGGCCACUCCUGGCAACAAUCACAGAGGACAAUCCAGUGAAAGAAUUAUUUUUGUGGUUUCUU